AUGUUAAUGAAAAACUGUCAAGUAUGCAAGAGGUCAUUUUCAAAUGGGAGUGCUCUAAGAGGGCACAUGAUGUCUCAUACUCUGAAACGUUCUGCACCAAACGCAGGAUCAGCGAGUGGGUCGACCCUUCCAUCGCUAGAGACAUCCAACAAAGUAGGAGCAAACUUUAAACCUCAUGAAACGGUUUUGAUUAGAUCUAACCACACCAGCAAAGUUGGGGAACCAGAUCGAAAGAGACAAGAAGGUGGACAGGAAAUAAAUGGCAAGAGAAAGACCAUCGCGGAGGAGGCUGUUGAAGAGGCUGGUUUAGUUCUCGUAGCAAUGUCCAAGGGACAGAGGCCAGAAAAUUCUCAGAACUGGAAUGCUAUUGAUCGUUUCUUGGCAGCUCCAAACGGUAAAGAAGAAUAUCAUGAAACAGAUUUAGAUUCUGAUGAUGAUGAUGAUGAUGAUGAUAAUAAAGACGUCAAAUAUAAGUCUGUUGCUGAGCUUCUCGCUCAAAACAUGGAAACCAUAACCGAAGACAGCGAUGAAGGUGUGGAUAGUGAUGCUGAUGGUGAAACAUAUUUGGUUGCGAGAGAGAAAAAGUGUAAGAAAACAUUUACAUGUGAUAUAUGUGGAAAAGUUUUAGGUUCGUGUCAGGCAUUAGGUGGUCAUCGAGCGAGCAAUAAGUGCAAACGGUUGAAGGUUUGCGACAAGAAUGAUCAAGACCGACGUUACAUAUGUGGAUUCUGUGGCAGAGCAUUUGAAUCUGGUCAAGCACUUGGUGGUCACACAAAGUGUCAUUUCUUCUAA